AUGGUCAAGCACGACUGCCCGCCCAUCACCCCGCCCGAGCCCUUCACCGUCAGCUUCUCGGCCGACGACAUCAACGAGUUCAAGCACCGCCUCGAGACGGCCCGCCUGCCCGAUGACGACCUCCUCCCGGCCAUGGCCGAGUCUCGCGAUACGCUGCACCAGCUGCGCCCGAGCAAGGCCUGGAUGCAGCACACCAUCGACCUCUGGAGGCAGACCGACUUUGACCAGCUCCUCGCAAAGUACAACCGCUUCGACCACUUCACUACGUCCGUCGACUGGUGCCGCCAGCUCCACUUUGUCCACAAGCGCUCGUCGCGCGCCGACGCCAUCCCCAUCAUCCUCGUCCACGGCUGGCCGGGCAGCUGGUACGAAUUUGCCCACGUCAUCGACGACCUCGCCGAGCCCAACGACCCGACCGCGCCCGCGUUCCAUGUCGUCGUCCCCUCGCUGCCCGGCUUCGUCUUUUCCUCGCCGCCCCCCUCGAACCGGCCGGGCAUCGGCGACUUUGCCGGCUACACGCGCAUCCUCAACGCCCUGAUGCGCGGCCUGGGCUACGACCGCUACGCCUCCCAGGGCGGCGACUGGGGCUCGCCCCACGCCCGCGCCCUCGGCGUCAACCACGCAGAGGAGGACGGCACCGGCUGCCGCGCCGUCCACCUCAACUUCUGCCCCGUCACGCCCACGGGCCUCGUCAAGCUGCUGCGCAACACGCUGCCCGCCUCGGUGCUCCAGACGCUCGCCUCGUACGUCUACGACGCCGAGACGAUGAAGGGCCUCGCCAAGGGGAUGCUCUUCGAGUCGCAGAUGGCCUACUACCACGUCCAGAAGCUGCGCCCCACCCAGCUCCUCUACGGCCUCAUCGACUCGCCCGUCGGCAUCCUCGGGUGGCUGGGAUACUUCUACGACGUCAUGACCUCGUCCAAGCCCGACCACCCGACGCUCAACGUCAAGGACCUGCUCGAGACGGCGACCCUGUUCCACUUUACAAAGUCGAUCGGCUCCUCGUUCCUGCCCUACACCAACAAUCCGAUGCUGCCCGACAUCCACGGGGCGCCCGAGUACAGGCUCAAGGUGCCGCUCGGCUACAGCGACUUUCCGGACGAGAUCUUCAACACGCCGCGCGGCUACGUCGACCGCACCACGGCGGGCGGGCGCACCCGCUGGAUCGCCAAGGCCACAAGGGGCGGCCACUUUGCCGCGCUCGAGGAGCCGACCAUCUUUGCCUCGCACCUCCGCAACGCCUUUUCGCCCGGCGGCCAGUGGACCGGUCACCACGACGACGGCAUCAGAAAGGCCGAAAUCGACGGUGGACUGUGGGACGAGGUGAGGAAGAGCGAGAGAAACAAGCUCUGA